GGGCAGCACACCGCGUUUAUGUGCUCGCGCCUCUGCCGAAGGUGAAGGGGUUGCUUCAGUCCACGUGGAACUGAGAGGAGAGAGUUACAGCACAGCGCUGCCUUUUUCCGAACGAACGGAAGCUGGAAGCGAGAAGGAUACAGAAUGGCGGGAAUCAUGAACGAGGACGGGCUGGAGGGAAGCCUCCGCGAAGCAGCUGCUCGGUGUGGCAACGCGAGGAAGAAGAAGGUGCACGUGGGCGCAGCGAUCAUGCCGGAUUAUCUGAACCAGCAUUACGAUCCCUACAGCGCCGUGCUCAAUAGAGAGUUCAAUAGCGUCGUCAUCGAGCACCACAUGAAGUGGAAGCCUUUGCUCGUCGGCGGUGAUGAGGGAGUGUACGACUUCCGUCCUUGCGACAAGAUCGUGGACUGGGCGAUCGACAAGGGCAUGGAGGUCAAGGGGCAUACCCUCUGCUGGCACGUCACGACCCCCGACUUCGCCGAGGACAUGUCCGCCUCUCGCCUCCGAGAGGCCCUCUACCGGCACAUCCGCACGACGAUGGGGCACUUCUACGGGAGGGUGGGCUCCUGGGACGUGGUGAACGAGGCCCUGUCCCAGGACUGCAGCGGGAGGAUGGAGGACAACGUCUUCCUCAGGAAGCUGGGGCCGGGCUACGUCGACGACUGCUUCAGGGUGGCGCACCAGAUCGACCCGAACGCAAAGCUGAUCUACAACGACAACAAGGCCGAGGGGGCGGGGCUGUCGGGCGGGCGGUCCCGCAAGGCCGACGCGAUGUACGACAUGCUAAAAGGCAUGAAGGAAAGGGGAGUUCCGGUCCAUGGCGCGGGAUUGCAGGGGCACUUCACGGCCGCGGGUACGGGAAUGAGGAGAACCCCAACCCCUCACUCCGUCCAGCGACAGGUGCGGCGGCUGGGAGAGCUCGGGCUUAGCGUUAAUAUCAGCGAGAUGGACGUGCGCGUCGCUGGGCUCCCCGACGGCGUGGACGGCGAAACAGCCCAGGCAGCAAUCUACGGCGACAUCCUGGAGGCUUGCCUUACCGAGGAGGCCUUCGACGGUCUCACGCUCUGGGGUUUCACCGAUCUGCACAGCUGGGUGCACAGCUUCUACGAGCCGGACAGUCCCCUUCCCUGGGACAAGGAGUUCCAACCGAAGAAGCCGGUGGUCGGGGCAAUGCGCGACGCACUCCUGCGAACACGAGCAAGUUCCCCGGUGCUAGCGACUCCGGAACACCUGUGGGGGAAAGACUGGAUGGUGCCGGAACCAACCAACGACGGGGCGGGGGCAGGGGGGCACACAGAUGGUGGGGGAGGGGAGGGCGAUGCGGUAGACGCCCCCAACUGGAACGCCCGCAACGACCACUGACGCCAAGAGUGGUCUGGCGAGCGACCACCAUGCCUUCGGUUGCCAACGGCGCCGAUCACGGCAGCAAUCGACAGCCAAAAGUCUGUGACGACUACAUAUAACGGUGUCGGUGUGUACUGCUGUAGCACAGAACCAUGCCUCUCCCGCGACAACGAGAUCAACGUGUGUGUGGCAUCGACGCAUACGGACAAAAUAAUACGUCUCGGAAUGGCAAGCUCCACAUAUCAGUGGGCGUUUGGACGCCCCUUAUGUACAUGGGCAAACAAGGUGGACUGUAAACGAUUGUCCAGGUGGAAUUUUGCAUUUUUACAUCGUCAACCAUCAAGAUUGGAGCUGGUUGAUUGUCGUUCGCAAUUUCAAUUCUCGUUUUAUUUUUCAAAAACACGUCAAGCCGAGAACAAGGAACACAGGAGCAUUGUCAAGCGGGGCCGUAGAUGGUGUCGGUGGUGGUUGUGGGGAUGGCAAUGGCGGCGGAAGCAAACGGUUCAGUUCAAACCGCCCGUGCACUCCCCGGGUUGUCGAAACCGGACAGAGGGGACGCUAUAAUCCCCGCAGGCUGGGAAAGGUUGAAGACCGGACGAAACCGUGGCCGGGUAGCUUAUGCGAGGAGGGAACCGGAAGAACCAUCUCCUAGGGGGAACUUGCGCGGCGCAUGCAGAACUCUACAAGCGUUCCAGACGCCGGGAAUGCUCAGACUCGAAGACGAGAAUGCCAGCGGUAGCAGUAGUCGUCGCGUAGUUCUACCCUUAUCUUGCAAGCAUUUUCGCCUAGUAUCCGUCAUGAUCGUGGUUUCGAGUACGAGGGGCGGACCACGUCCCCGAAAACGUCAAGCUGGUUGGACACACAAU